AUGUUCGCUGCUACACUCCUCAGCUACGUCGUUUUCGCCACUGCCGUCCUGGCCGCCCCUCGGGGCACCGGCCUCGCUGGCCGGGUGGCGCGCCGCGCGGAGGGCUCGCAUCUGUCGCACCCGAAGCAGGUCGUCGAGAACCCGGUCAACGGCAACGUCUCCAACGUAGAGUACAGUUCCAACUGGGCCGGCGCUGUGUAUGCUGAGUCUUCGGGCUACUUCAAGGCGGUCACCGGCACAUUCACCGUCCCCACUCCCUCGGCGCCCAAUGGCGGCUCCGGCACGUAUGCUGCGUCUGCCUGGGUCGGCAUCGACGGCGACACCUGCGAAAACGCGAUUCUCCAGACUGGUGUCGACUUCACUAUUUCCAACGGCGAGGUUUCCUAUGACGCCUGGUAUGAGUGGUAUCCCGACUACGCCUACGAUUUCUCUGGCAUCAGCAUCAGCGCGGGCGACGAGAUCAAGGUGACGGUUACCGCGUCGAGCGAGACGGCAGGCACGGCCGUCAUCGAGAACGUGUCGACGGGCAAGACGGUGACCAAGUCAAUCACCUCCUCGUACUCGCUUUGCGAGGAGAACGCUGAGUGGAUUGUCGAAGACUUCGAAGAAGGUAGCUCGCUGGUCAACUUCGCCGACUUUGGCACCGUCACCUUCACCAGCGCCACAGCCACGACGUCUUCUGGCAGCAUCGGUCCCGGCUCGGCCUCAAUCAUCGACAUCGAACAGAAUGGCGAGGUCCUAACCUCCGUGUCUAUCAGUUCGUCCGAGGUCGUGGUCAAAUACGUCUAA